AUGGAAGACUUCAAAAAAAAUAUCUACUUACUUACCGAAGAGGAAACCAAGACUGCAUUGACCCUAUCAGAAAUUGCACAAUUGAGAAAAGGACAAAGGUUCCAAAGUGGCGUGACAUUUUCUCAAGACAUGAAAGAUUAUGAUGUGAGGAUCUUGCUUGAAAACCUGUUCUCUCCUAUCUUGUCAAAUAAAAGGUUUUCGUGUGCAACACGAGACGGACAGACUAGCGCUCGAUUAAAUUUUCAUGGUGAACACCGUGUUUGGGAUGGACGAACGAUUAAAAGGAAAGUAAAAGGCCAGUCGGCUCUGUAUUUAGUCCUGGAGGACGAGGUGGAGGACAAGGUGUCAUUUACACAAACACCACAAUCUGCGACAACAGUCACAUCUAUGAACACAACUAACUCAACAGAAAAUGCAGAGAAAACGACGCAAUGGGAACAAGAUUUGAGCACAAAUAAUCUUGGGUGGCUUCCACAAAAUCAGAUUCCCUCAACCGCCACUGAUGCCCUUCAAAGCGAUGACAGUGCUUUCAGUUCGUCAGAGGAAACCGUUUCUCAGAAUGGAAUAUUCAGUGCCCACGGAACAACGCAACGGGGUCGAGUGACAAAGCCAAUCAGGGUACAAUAACCUCUAUAAGCGAUGGGGAAAGAUUGUUUACCAAGCGACAAAAGAGAUUCUUCCGGACAAUCUGACAGUGGUAUUUCGUCUGAAGGUGAGGUUGGCCAAGAAAAUACUCCCAACCCUCCAAUAUCUCUACGAAUACAAAAAGCGACAAUGGAACCCACAGAGGGGCCUUUGCAGGGCGGAGGAUUAUUUCAGGCAGAAAUAGAGGAAGAGCUCCCUCCUUCCGUGAAAACAGGUUGGGCAAUAUUUGGCAAGAGGUCCGUGAAAGUAAGGGUAUCAAGAGAUGGUCUUGCUCUGUCUGGAAAGGGAAUUCCUCGUGGUGACGCUCCAGGACUUGUUACCGUCACAUUCACUACACUGAACGGUGAGUGUGUGGCAAAGGGAACUUACACUUACAAGGAGACUGAAAAUCAAACAACCCGGCAGAGUACUCGCACUAAACGAGCUUUUGAUGAGUUCGACGAGUCUUUAAAGCGUCUCAAGAGAGAGUUUGGCGUAUGUGAUGAUAGUGACGAAUGUACAGCGGAGGGAAGCCAUGAGACAGGUGGUGACGCUCCAGGACCUGUUACCGUUACAUUCACUACACUGAACGGUGAGUGUGUGGCAAAGGAAACUCACACUUACAAGGAGAGUGAAAAUCCAACAACCUGGCAGAGUACGCGCACUAAACGAGCAUUUGAUGACUUUGACGAAUCUGUAAAGCGUCUCAAGAGAGAGUUUGGCCCAUGUGAUGAAAGUGACGUAUGUGCAGCGGAGGGGAACCAUGAGACAGGUGGUGACGCUCCAGGACCUGUUACCGUCACAUUCACUACACUGAACGCUGAGUGUGUGGCAAAGGGAGCUCACACUUACAGGGAGAGUGAAAAUCCAACAACCUGGCAGAGUACGCGCACUAAACGAGCCUUUGCUGAAUUUGAGGAGUCUGUAAAGCGUUUCGAGAGAGAGUUUGGCUUAAAUGAUGGAAGUGACCAAUUUGCAGCGGAAAAGUACCAUGAGACAGGGGUAACACAAGUGGUGAAAGCCCAAUUAGCUGAGGAGGGUUAUCUUGGAGAUACAGAAACAUCUGAUAAAGAGGAUGAAGAUUCUGAUAUGAUGGAUAAUAAUGAAAACGAAACAGAAGAAGGUUUUUCCAGCAACAAGUGCAGCGGGAAACUUCGGAUGACAGAGGAAAAUAUGAAUAAACGUCUCUUACCCGAGCAGAUUGAGAACAAGUGGAGAGACCUGGCACGACAACUUAAGUUCACAGAAGCUGUCAUUGACUCGAUCGAGAUUGACAAGGGCCCUUCUAUUACCGAAUGCUGCAUUGCGAUCAUUGUAAGGUGGACUAAACAGAAGGGAGAUGAUGCUACUGUCGAAAAGUUUGCUGAAGUUUUGAUAAAGAUAGGACUCAGGAGCGUAGCUGAAAAACUUCCGGGUCUUUUGUCAUCAGAAGAGAACGACGAGGUAGGAAGAAACGACUCAAAUCAAAUGGAGAGUACAAAAGAUAAAAUAGAGAAAAACUGGGAGCAUUUGAAAAAAGAGCACCACCAAUUGCAAGUGAGAAAGCAGGAGCUCGAAAAAGAAAAGAAGAGUAUGACAAAACAGCUUCAAGAUAGUUUAGAAGAGGUUGGUAAUUUAUCUGAUAAUUUCCCGCUGAUAGACACAAAACCGAAAAGUUUAUUUUCCUUUAUGUUGUUUAAUAAACAGAACCAGAAAUUACGCACAAGAAUUCAAGAACUGGAGGAAGAACUGUCCAUAGUAAAACAAUGGCCUCACGAAACUUCCCAAGAGGGUCAAGAGUGGAAGACCAGAGGUUUGAAACUGGAAGAGGAAUUGGCUGGAACAAGAGAAGACAAGUCAGAACUGGAUUUGGCCGAGAACUUCGAUAAUUCGGCCCGAGAGGAUGAUUCUGAAGAUACCACAGAUUCUCACGCACCAGGUCGAGGAGAUACAGAGGGUGAAAUCGACGCAAAGCUGAAAGACCUCAAUGAGCUCCUUCGCACAAAUGUAACAUUUGUACUGCAAGUGCAAGAAGUAAAGGAAGACAAACUGAAAGUUCCUGUCCAGCUCGACCUUUUAUCGAGACUCAGUUUUAGUCUACAAGAGUUAUACACCUCUGUCCUCUCCAUGGGGGCUGAGUGUUGUAAAUGCAGUGAGGAGGUUAGACGAGAGUUUUACGACUUUGCGUAUCACGGUCUCAGAGCAGAACACAACGACGUAGUGCAUCGAGUUAAGGAUUUGGUAACGAAACAAGGAAAAAUGACCGCCGAAGAAAAAAAGGAUUUUGGCAAACUCCAACAGCUUCAGACCAAUCGACAGAGAGAAGUUGAUAGGCUGGAAAAGCUGUGGAGAGGUCUGUUCUCACCGCCCGAAAGUCCUGGUGCGAACACACACUCUGACCCUUGUGGAGCGACUGGAAAGACUUGUCACUCUAAAAAGGACUUGAGACGACAAUGUACAGACCCUGGCGCCAAACCCAAGCAGAUCAGGCCAGGUGAACAGAAGACCAGCCCAGAAACAACAAAAACAGCGAGCGAGGAUGAGAAACACGAAGUGUGUUUCAAAGAGUCCAUGAAGUCCACGAUGACGACUCUUCUCAAGAAAAGAGAAAUCGAAGAAAAGACGUGUCACCUUGUGUCCUUUUCAGUAAGAAAGAACAGGGAUUCUUGACUGCCCUAGGGAAGAUAGUAAAAUCUCACAUAACACUAGGUGACUAAUUAACGAAAAUCUAGCAAACACACACAGUCAACAAAGAUUUAGAAAAAGACACAAAGUUCAAGAAAAUCUACGAAGAAACACAGUCAACGAAAAUAUAGAAAACGCACAAAGUCAGCGAAAACUAAGCAAACCUACGAAGUCACAUUAUAGCAGUUAACCCUUUACACCCUGACAUCGGUGUACAUAUUUUCCAUACUGUUCUCUAUACAUUUCCUGAAGCGCUGACAAGGACAGUUGGUGAUCAUUUCCAUGAUUGUCGUGACCUUAAUGUUUGAUUCAGGGGUGAUAUCAGUUGUAAGGGGAAAUUAGAUGCAGGUCACUCUUAGGGGUUAAAGGGUUAACUUGUUGGUAGUGCUUAGUUUCGAAGAAAGUCGAGAUGCCUCAGUAAAUUACAUUGUAGCCAAAGCGGAUAUGAAUUUGACGAUGACAAGAUCCAUUACUUAAACCUAGCACUAUAGUGAAUCUGCCAUCCUCAAGGAAGGCGUCUCUAAGUACUUCCCGCCAUGCAACAUGCAUUUAAAGACGUUGCAAGCAUUUGCAACCAUAUGGGAAGUAGGAUGCAAAGCCCUGUGUUCUUAUGAAAGUGGGUGGAAGUCUGGGACAGAAUUAUUUAUCUUUUAAUCUUAAGCCGUGUAAGUUAGCUGCGAUUUCAGCGCGAUGGAAAAGUAAUUUGCCGCCACGAUAUUGUAGGAGUUGCUCAUUGACAGGUGCUUAAAUCUUGAUUCAAUUUCACUAGGAUUUUCUGAUUCAAAUAUGACAAUGAUAAAUCAAAAGGCACUCCUUUGUCACACAAGAUCACGGUUUACUCUGUCAAUCAUAGCAAAAACCAUGGCGAUAGCGAUACACAAGCAUGAGGAGAAAAAGCACAAUCUGCAUCGGUUAUUAAGGCACGUCUAUGAUUUCUUAAAUCAUCUCACUUGCAGCUUACCCAAGAAAAUCGAAGACGCCAAAAAUAUUGAUUGAAACGAAGAUUUUCAAUCAAUUUUUUUUUCUUA